AUGGCCGGAUUUCAUACAACUGGUGUUGCAAUUCCUUAUACUAUUUUGUCCUUAACACAAAAUCAUAAUGUUCAAACAAAACUCCAAGAAGAAAUUGACAAAACAUUAGAAGGUCGCUUACCUACUCUUGAUGAUCUUUCCAAGAUGGAAUAUUUAACUCAAGUUGUCAAAGAAUCUCUAAGAGUUCAUCCGCCAGCAGCUUUCUGCGCUAGAUUACUAAAAUCCGAAACCAUACUUCCAACUCUUGUAGAAUCCAAGGGCUUUAAAGUACCAGCCAACACAACACUUUUUUAUCCAAUUCCUUUGUUUCAUGAAAAUCCUGAAUUUUUUUCAGAACCCGAAAAAUUUGAUCCAACACGUUUCUCACAUAAUAAAAUUAAAGAUUUUACGCCAAAUGCCUAUUGUCCUUUUGGUUUCGGAGCAAGAAUAUGUCCUGCAGAAAAAUUAGCUAUGGUUGAUAUUAAGAUGAUGAUUUGCUUAAUUAUGCAAAAAUUUAAUGUGGAAUUGGCUAUGAAAUUGGAAGAUUUUGUAAAGGAAGAAAGAUUUGCUGUGAUGGCAAAGAAUGAUAUUAUUAUUAAAUUAAUACCAAGAGAAAGGGUAAAUAUGGAGUAG